GGCGCAGCGGCCGGGAGCCGGCGUUCCGCCAUUGGUGGCCGGCCGGCUCUGGAGGCUCAUUGUGGCCGUCCCGGCAAACGGUCCUCGGACUGACGGGGAGGAGAGACCCGGGACGGCUCCACCCAGAGGCGGGGAAUGAGACGGUGCGGUUGGGCAAGGCUGCGUCCUCCCGGGGACUUCAUCGGGACCUUUGAGUGAGACUGAUGUGAACAAGCAGGGCCUAGGGCUGCCGUUUCCUGCCGCUCCGUCCCGGGGAUCCAGCACUCGGGUAACAUCAGCUCUUCCAGGAAGGGGUGACUAUGGAGAACGUGGCUGUGGUGAUUGAAGAAAGAGCCCUGUCUUUGCAAGACCCCGGCCUUCCCCGAGGGAGUGGAGAGGAGGAGGAGGAGGAAGAUGGGCUGGCUGCGUUCCAGGAACCAUUGACAUUCAAGGAUGUGGCUGUAGAAUUCACCCAGGAAGAAUGGGGCCAACUGAACUCUUCCCAGAAGAACCUCUUCAGGGAUGUGAUGCUGGAGAACUACAAGAACUUUGUCUUCCUUGGACUUCCGGUUUCCAUGCCAGCGGUGAUCCUGCUGUUGGAACGGGGAGAGGUGCCACGGAGCUCAGAGGGAGAGGAGUCCAGAGGCAUUCUUUCAGAUUCCAUCAGGCAGGAGCCUGUAUGUAAAGUCAGGAACACAGCUCCAAAAAGAGACAGUUUCAUGGGAGUGUCAUCUAAACAAAGAGUGGUAGCAAAGACUGGUGGUAGUAGCUGGAACUCUGAUAUGGGAAAAGUUUGGGAACACAAUAUAAUGUUAGAAAAUCAGAAAGACAAGCAAGAAAGACAGUCGAAACAAGUCACAGUUGCUCUCAGCAAACCCCUUAAUGAGGCAAGUGUCCUUGAAUAUAAUACAUUUGGGAGAAGCUUUCAACAUGGGCCUAUCCCACAGCAGAGAAUUCAUACAGGAAGAAGUCUUCACAAUUAUGAUGUCCUUGGAAAGAGCAUUAAAGAAUUUUCAGAUCUAAUUAAAUGUAACAAAACCAUCUUAGGGAAAAAUCUUUCUAAGCCUCUUGGUUACCACUCAGGUCUUAUUCAAUAUCAGAUGAUAAAUACUAAAGAGAAACCCUUUACUUAUAGUGAAUAUGGGAAAGCUUUCAACCAGAAUGUAAACCUUAAUAAAACAGUUCAUGCUGGAGAGAAACGCUUUGAAUGUAAUGAAUGUGGGAAAACCUUCAGCAACAAUUCAUGCCUUACUCUUCAUCAGAGAAUUCAUACUGGAGAAAAACCCUUUGAAUGUAAUGAAUGUGGAAAAGCAUUUAGCCAGAAAUCAAACCUUACUCUACAUAAGCGAAUUCAUACUGGAGAGAAACCCUUUGAAUGUAAUGAAUGUGGGAAAACUUUUAGCCAGAAGGGACACCUUAUUGAACAUCAGAGGAUUCAUGCUGGAGAAAAACCUUAUAAAUGUAAUGACUGUGGGAAAACCUUCAGCCAGAGAGGAAACCUUAAUGAACAUAAAAGAAUUCAUACUGGAGAAAAGCCCUUUGAAUGUAAUGAAUGUGGGAAAGCCUUCAGCCAGAGGGGACACCUUACUGAGCAUCAAAUAAUGCAUGAUGGUGAUAAACCCUAUAAGUGUAAUGAAUGUGGGAAAGAAUUCAGCCAUAGGACAUCCUUUAUUUAUCAUCAGAGAAUUCAUACAGGAGAAAAGCCCUAUGAGUGUAGUGACUGUGGGAAAACCUUUAGCAAGAAUUCAAAUCUCACUCUCCAUCAGAGAAUUCAUACUGGUGAGAAACCCUACAAGUGUAAUGAAUGUGGAAAAGCCUUCAGCCAGAGAGGACAUUUUAAUGAACAUCAGAGAAUUCAUGCUGGAAAGAAACCCUAUAAAUGUAGUGAAUGUGGGAAGGCCUUUAGCAAAAACUCCAACCUUACUCUACAUCAAAGAAUUCAUACUGGAGAGAAACCCUAUGAAUGUGGUGAGUGUGGGAAAGCGUUCAGCAAGAAGGGGCAUCUUACUGAACAUCAGAGAAUUCAUGCUGGAGAAAAACCCUACAAGUGUAAUGAAUGUGGAAGAGCCUUCAGCCACAAAACAACCUUUAUCAACCAUCAGAGGAUUCAUACGGGAGAGAAACCCUAUGAAUGUAAUGAAUGUGGGAAAGCUUUUAGCCAGAGAGGAAACCUUACUGAACAUAAGAGAAUUCACACUGGAGAGAAAUGUUUUGAGUGUGGUGAAUGUGGGAAAGCUUUUACUCAUGGGUCAUCUUUCAUUCAUCAUCAGAGACUUCAUAAUGGAGAGAAACUACACAAAAGAAAUGAAUGUAGAAUGUAAUGGAAAGAUGGCUGAAUUUGGAGUCACAAAAUGUGGGUUCAGAUUCUAGCACUAGUACUUGUUAUCCAUGAUACUUGGGCAAAUAUCAACCAUUCUGGGCUUUAUUUCUUUCAUUCACAAAAAAAAGGGUUAUGUGCUUGUUUUUUACAACUCCCCACAAGAGUUAUAGAUAAUCACAAAGAUUCAUUCCAGACAUUUAUCCACAGUACUGUUAGGGUGGGGAAAAAACAGGCAAAGGAAAAAGAAAUUCCAUAAAUGCGAUGAAUAUAGGAAUGAUUUCAGCAUAAGUUUAAUUUUUAAGAAGCAUUAGAUAACUCGUAUUACAGAUAAGCCCUAGCAAUGCAGUGACAGAGGGAAGAUUUUUGAAGUGUAGAUCAUUCUUCAUCAGACACUUCAAGAUUUUUAUUGAAAUCUGUUUAAUAGCUGACUCACAGGUUUUAAAGCUUGUAAUGCACUUUACAUACAUUAUUUCAUUUGAGCUUCAAAACAAAUCUGGGAGGCAACUACUACAGAUAUUCCCAUAUUACAAAUGAGGAAGCUGAGACCCAGAGAUUAUUUGUCCAUCAUUACAAAGCAAUAAAAGCGGGGAGGAUUUGAAUCCAGGUCUUCCUAACUCCAGGUUUAAUAAUUUCCACUACCAUUUGCUGCCUCUCUAGUAAAUCCACUCAAAUGUUAUUUAGCAAAAUAAGCUUCAGAAACUUCUUGUUACAAAUAAAAGGGAGAAAUGACCUAAGGUGACUUUAUUUGCUCAAGUUGGGAAAUGUUAAAAUGGACACUACCUGUCUGAAUUCAGAUUAUUCAUCUAAUAGAAUCAUUUUGGGAACGCAAUCUGUCAGUUAACAUGAAAAGUUACAAAAGAAGUAAUAACUUUUGAGUCAUGAUCUGUACUAGGGAAUAUACCCUAAAAAUGUUAUCCAAAAUUGUCAAGGAUUUUCAUAGCAGAAUUAUUUAAAAUUGUUUUUUCUAAAAUGGAAACAACCUAAAGUUCAACAAUAGGGAAAUAGUUAAAUAACUUCUAUUACAUUAUGUGGUGAAAUAUUAUGAGGUUAUUAAGACUGACAAGUAUGAGCAAAAUAGAAAUCUGAAAAGACCUUUAUGAAGUAAUUGAAACUGUGAAAAAGAGAACCAGGAAAAUGGCAUAUACUUAAUGUAAAAAGAAUGGACAUUGGGAGUCCUGACGAAGACUUAGAGAAUGACUGAAAAGUAAUGACAUUUCCUGCAUUGAAAUUCAUUAUUUAAGUGUAAAUAGUUGCAAAGCAAGUUUAAUUGGUUGUGUUGAUGUCUGAUACUGAUUGUAAUUUAAAAAAAUAAGACUGGGCCCAUCUUUAAGUUUGACUUAGGUAGCAUGAUGUAGUGGGACUUGCGAUCAGGAGGCCUGGGUUUGAAUCCCUGGGGUAUAACUUAAUACCAUGUAACCCUGAACAGAUCUUUACCUCUCAAGAGCCCAAGUAAUUGUACUUGCACUAUUGUCUAUUAAUAAAUGGGUUCCAUUAUAA